CUGUAGCUGUCUCAAUAUCAAGUUUAUAGUUACAAUAGAUGGAUUGUCUAUUAGUAAAAAUCAAGAACAAAAAAAACUGCUGUAUUCUAACAUUUCCCAAUAACUCUUCCUUCCGCACCAAUUUCUUCGGCUAAAUGGCUGCGACGAAACCGUACCGUUACUCAUACAGACUGUUCAAUGGAAACAGGAAGUAUGAUCCGUACGGUUUGUGUGAGAAAGAUCCAUCGGAAGAAUACUUAGACUAUGGUACCCAAUGGACGUCACAAGCACACGAAAACCAGACUCCGUCUUCUAUCCAAGAUUAUCAAUACAAUGGACACCAUUCCAGUUCUCAAUCCGACUAUAGCACACAACAUCACACUUACAAACAUGCUGAAUCUGUGUAUUCUUACGGUCAAGAUAAUUCCCUUGACCAAGUUGACUUCCAACAGACUUCUGACCAACAGCCCUACCACACUUCCACUCAGUACACACACAGUCAGUUGUCCAGUUCAAAGAAGUUUAAUAGCCAGCAAUCUUUUGACCAGACUGUUUACAGACAAACAUCUGGAGACGUCCAAGUACCAUAUGACUCUCAUUCCCAGACAUACAGAGCUAAACAUUCACAGAAUGACCAUUUUUAUCAAGACAAAAUAUCUAACGGUUACCAAAAAGCGGAUUCCAGUAAUCUAACUAACCAUUCUAACCAUAUUUCUUCAGAAUAUGAAAAUUCUCAGUACCAUUUGGAAUCUACCCAUUCUUACCACAAUGGUACGGUGUAUCAUAAUAAUGAAUACAAUCACAUGCCACAGUUGGUCCAAUAUGACAUGGCAAAACCUCAAGACCGGUGGUCAAAGGCCCUUGAGCAUGCUCGUAGUUAUUAUAGAAAUAUUGCAUUGUACAAUGUCCAUAAUUCUUAUGACUCAACCAAUUCUGUUUAUCAGCCAAGCCACCACGACCAUCACCAUGAUGACCCCCAACAUCCUCAUCACCAUGACCAUCACCACCAAACAGCUUCAACUACAAAAAUACCCGAUAGGAAUUUUAAUCCUCGUGAAAUGUGGAGCAAGGCUAUCUACCUAGCAAGCCCUUCCCAUAACAAAUAUGACCCGUAUAAAAUGACUGGUACUUAUCAGGAAUCCAGCAAAACAGAUGCGUUUCAUGAGAAAUCUCAUGGGUAUGGUCAGUAUGAAGGGUUUGGUUCUAACACCACUGGUGGCCACCACCACAGCUCGGCCCCCCUCAGCUACGAAUCCUAUCAAACAAACCCAGACUCUAUGGAAACUUUUGAGGAGGAGAAUAAUAAUUACCGUAAUUACAACAGCUCUUUGGACAAUGGUAAUUAUUAUGGAACAGAUGAUUCCAGUAUGGAGAAUGAAGAGCAUCAAUCAUAUGAGUUUGAUCCCAUUCUGAUUGAUUAUUUAAAGUCCCUUGCACAGGUUUAUGCCAUGGAUGAGCGGCAGCAGUUGCUAUGGGAACAAGAGAUGUACAACCAACUGAAAUACAAGAGCCCUCGUUCGUUCUUCCACACAUUUGAAGCUGAGUUUUAUCAGGCUGGUAUCAACUUUGCAAAUGAAGAUGAAGCAGCCAAGUUUGUACAGGUCGUCCGUAGUAAAAUCCUGGAGAGGCAGAAGAAGAAAGAAGAACGGAGGAACCAGCAGAAUGUGCAACGGAACCAGCAAAGCAACACGACCCAGAAUAACAUCACCUUGAAUAAGGCACCUUUACAGAAAACCCCGGAUACUGGAGGCUCUACGCAACAUGGUACACUGAAGAAGUCAACAUUAAAGAAAGAGAAGAAAAAGUCCCGCCUAACAAAACAAGACAUUGGGCAACCUACCAACUUCCGACAUAUUAAACACUUAGGCUGGGACCCUGACUGUAAAAAAGUAGAUAUAAAUCAGAUGGAAGAACACAUGAAGCAACUUCUCGAAUCGAUUGGUCUGACAGCAAACCAGGAGGUGGACAAGGAGACCCUGUCGUUCAUCUAUGACUUUGUUGAAAAGAACGGAGGAAUUGAUGCCGUGAAGAAGGAGAUGGAUCAAAAACAGAAUCUGCCGCCACCACCACAACAGUCCCUACCACCUCGUCAUGUUGGGCCACCGACCCCAGCAAGGUCAGCUGCGCCACCACCCGUGCCUCCCAGUCGAGCCGCAGCCCCCGUGCCCCCGUCUCGUUCAGUGCCUACACGA